AGGCGUGCAAUGUACUGACUUUACCUAAAGUAAGGGUAUCUCGUGCAAAAUGUAUGGCAUGGAAUUACGUGAGUGGUAUUCUGUUUAUACUAACCUCCCUUGAGAGAUAACUUUGUUAAUUCAGCUGCUUGUAUUAUGAUUUUUAAUUUAUAAACUGGGGCAGAGGGAAGCCUCAAUAUACCUGCAUAAAACAACGCAAAGCCUAUGUAUGGGGUGGAGUUCUGUACGCUCAUGUCGCCUGGAGUAAACGUACGUGCCACAUUACGCACAAGGAGUUCGCCAAGUAGGUUGUGCUCACGCUGCUUGUAGCCUACUGGGAUUUUUUUUCUUCAGAUUUUUAGUCCAUAACGUUUUUUGUCAACAAUUUAAUUUUGACGGUAUUUCUGUCAUUUUUGGUGUGGGAAAUGUGAUGAACAAACAUUUUGUGUAGGCCUACGUGUGCCUAAUUCGGUUGAAUACGCUACAGACACAGUAGUAGAUGAGUAGAUGAUUCUUCAGAGUGAGACUGGAAACAUUUCUGGACCUUUGGGGAAAGCCAGAACCUCCAUGAGAUGCCCACAAGUGGCACCAAGUCUCAGCCAGUAACCAUGGACUUCCACCUUAAGGCCAAUCCUCAUCUCCAAAUCGAGGUCAACGGUGGUCAUGAUGGUGGCCGGAGGAAGUCUCAGAGCCGGCCCAGAAGUGAGGACCAGGCACUAAAGUUCUUGAGCCAGGAGGAGCAGGAGUGCAUCCUAUUCUUUGAGGAGACCAUUGAAUCACUGGAGGAGGAGUUUGAGGAGGGGGAAGCGCACAAGAGGCUAGAGGAGGCAGGUAGCCCCAUGGACAGGUGUGAUGGACCCCCCACUUUAGCAUCCACCCCCAGGUCCCACCCCAGCAGCUUGCCCCCCUUCAGCCGCGACACCAUGCAUUCCAACCCCAAAGACCAGGACAUUAUAGACCUGGUCCGGCCAGAACCAGGGCCAGCCCAGGCCAAAGAGAAGAUGUUCAACCCAGCUAUGCCAGAUUUCCAGAGCAUGGCUGUGAAUCCUCAGAGCCAUAUUGAGAUGAAACCACGACGUGAGCCAAUAGACAACUUCCCUGCAGAGUACAACCCUCCCCUGCCCAGCGGCAGCCAAUUAGGGUCUGCAGAUAACUAUGGCCACUCCCAGUACCACCCUGUGGGCUCCAUCCCCACCCCUGUCCUUAUUGCUCAGAAGAUCGCAGAGAAUCAAGGAGGCGGAGCCACUAAUAUUGACCCCUCCCUUCUCCGUCGUAGAAGUCUGGACUCCGAGAGAAUGCCCACCUCUCUCGACCACCAUGUCAAACAUGGUCCGCCCACAUCCGCCAAGCCCAGCCGCUUUCCUGGCAACAUUAGUAUGAUAAUGGGCAGCAAAGAGCACCAUGGCCAAUCACUGACCAGCGUGAACCUCCAUGAGAGGAGGGCCCAGAUGCUGGCUAACCUAUCAGGGACAGCGCACCCUUUGGAGACGGAGCAGCACCAUUUGACGUCCCAGCCGACUGCCCGCAAUGUUCCCACUCGCAGUGUCUCUUUCAGGGACCCCACCCCAGAUAAGUCCAGGAUGGAGGCCCUGUCCAAGCUGGGCCUGACCCGAAACAGAGCUAUGUCUGGGGACGGCAGCACUGAGGCCAGAACCAAAGUCCCUGUCCUCACCUCCACCCCUUCGCCUUCCCCAGCACCUGCAAACCCCUCGCCUCCUGCAACAGUCAGCUCUGAGCCAGUCCACCAUGAGCCCAAGUCUGCUUCCCCUCCAUCUGAAAUCAUCUCGCUGGACUUUAACAGCUAUGGCGGGAAAAGCAUUGUGGUCCACCCUUCUACAGCCCCUAGGAGUGAUGUUAUUGUGUCCAACAGCCAUGAUACUAAGAUCCAGCCUGCGGUGCUGGCCACACCUAGUGACUUCAACAGCUAUGGUGGGAAGAGCAAGGUCAUGACCCCUGGGCCUGAGGUCAGGAGUGACCUCCCAGAUAUCCUGAGUUCCCACAAAGCUGUGCUGGCCCCAGCCUCAGCCCCAACCCCAGCCUCAGCCCCAACCCCAGCCUCAGCCCCAGCCCUAGCCCCAGCCAAGCCAGAAGCCCUGCCUUAUGAGCUCAACAGCUACGGUGGCAAGAGUAGAACCAUGACCCCAUCCUCUGCAGCACACUCCACCCCAGAUGUGUCCACACACUGUCCAGUGAAGACCUCCAGAGCUCCAGCCCCUUCCCCGGCCCCCAGGCCUACCCGCAGCCAAGCUCCCCCUAGCCCUCAGAGAAAGCUGUCACUUCCCGCCUCUCCAGAGCCCCGGAGGAGGUCCAUCUCCAAGCCCCCCUCGUUCCGUUCCCAAGGGAUCACCGUGCAGUUCUCUGGACAAGGAGCGACGGAUGAGUCACGCAGGGAAGCCCUCCGGAAACUAGGACUGCUGAAGGAAACGUUCUAACUCUAGACCGUCACCUCCAUGUUCCCCUUCUUGGAGUCCCACUGUUUGAUGGACUGGAGUUUUCGAAAAGUUUCUAUCUUGUGACACGUGGCAUGAGACCUACUUUAUCCAUAGAGUGAAUGAAACAGGAUCUUGUAUGUACUGUAACCUGAACAGCUGCCUUUCAGUUCCUGGCCAUUGGGAAUGCUGACAAACAAGUUUAACAGUCUCACAUGGUGCGGUUGCAGACACAUGCACACACACACACACACACACACAGAUCAAACACACAAGCUUACACAAAUCACUCCAUUCACCCUGUCUUGGCUGUCAUACAGGUCUUUAUUGUUCUGGAACAUUUACUUUUCCUCUUAUUCAUAACACACUGAAUACCUCUAAGAUCAUUUGAACCAAACUGACUUGAUGGUGGAGCAUACAAGUUCAUCAAGCAAUGGAGGGACCACCUAAAUGUGUUGGCACAUUUGGCAAGAACAUAUUAUCACCUGGAUGUCUAGGAAUGCUUACAGUACUCUUAUUCUCCAAAGAAAGCAUGAUAUGAUGAGGUUUGCUCUAUAUGAAAGUGACAUAAUGUUGUACAGUUAACGUUGGUAAUGUCUUAGCCCUUGUCUUAGCCCUAAUAACUGAUAGCCAUGUUUUCAUUGGUUUGUUUACUGACUUGGGCAGUUUGCCGCUAUGCAACAUUUAAGAACACGAGCAAUAAUGGACUUUCAAGCACUUUCCUAGUGUUUGAAGGUUUCCUAUAACAUCAGGACAGUAUAUGAUAACUAUAUCUGUGGUGAAUAGAUCCAAGUAAUUUACUCACACAUAUCGCUCUGGAUAAGAGCGUCUGCUAAAUGACUACAUGUAAAAUGACUAAAUGUAAUAUCAUACUUGCAACGUGCUGUAAUUGAGAGUUUCAAAGACAGGUAAUCAGUAAUAAGAAUGAUGAUUUUAUCAUGUUGCAAUUAUGCUUUUGGUAUACCUAAUACAUCUCAUAUGAGGUAAUCCUAUUGUGCUGGGUUAUAUAUAGGGAAUAAUGAAAUAUUUGACAUUGUUACGGAAAUGUAUUAGAUGAACUCAAAUGCCAUUUGAGUGACAUUGUGUCACUAAGAAGACACUAGACUUGAGUUUUGUUGAGCAGUGAAGGACAUGACUGUGGUAGCUCCCCAGUUGGCUGAGGGGUAUUUUUCUUCCCUCUUGCCUCCCACACCAAACCAGACCAUGAAAUGUGGGCUGAAUUUUACUACUUAGUUGUUGGGAAAGAAAAAUAAUAUUCUUUAGCCAUAGAAUCCAUAAAUACUUAGAUAAUAAUACUUGCUUGUUGUUUUGCUGCUUUGUUGUUGAUGAUGUUCCCCUGUGUGUGUGUGUGUGUGUGUGUGUGUGCGUGUGUGUGUGUGUGUGUGCGUGUGUGUG